CAUUCAAUCUUUGUUUGGCGACUGUUUCAAAAAGAACGCCCAGUGAGUUGAGCAAAAAAGAAGGGGACUUUUAAAUUCAAUGGAGACAGUGGCAAAAAUGGUUCACCCGGGGGAAUAGCAGGUGCCAAUAUGUCAGGACGUCUAACAGGUGUGUCCAGGUUCUUCAAGAGUCACGGGAUCCAGGAUGUGGAGAGCCAGGGUUUGCCGAGAGUGGCGUCAGGUGCGGGCAAUCAAGGACAAGGUGUCUGGGUCACCUGUUCCAGGAGUCCAAACGGUGGAACGGUUGAAAGUAGAGCUCGGAAAGAGCAAAAAGCGGACCUCAACGUACCUUCUACUGUCAGCCUACAUGGCCGUGAUACUUACUUUUCCUGACGUGGAGUUGAAUUACAGAUCACGACAAAACUACGACACAAGCUACAGCUCUGUUCACGAGAUGUUUUCUGCCGCUCCGGGGAUGUUCAUAGCGGGGUUCGUCAUCAGCGUUGUCUUGACGCUUCUGUCUCUGGGGAUGUUCAUAGCGGGGUUCGUCAUCAGCGUUGUCAGUUAA